AUGUUUCCAACCUUUGAUGUCCCUCCUCAACACGCGGAGACAGUAGGCGCCCGCAAGGCAAGAAAGGCUAGGGAAGAUGACACUUCCAGAAGGUCGUUCUCCGCAACUUCGCAAUCUUCAGGGAGCACGCACAGCAGCAAACGUCAAGAUGCCCCAAGUCUAUCAGACUCAAGAUCUGGAGGGAAGACUGGCUUUGGCGGAUGGUUUAGCAAGAGCAGUAAGAAGGACAUCCAGGAGAUCGCGCCACUGUCAACACACAAGGAGAUGCAGCGUCAAAAGGAGCCAGCACUUGAGCCAGAGUUAGAACUAGAACUCGAUCAAGGACCAGCACCACCGACAGCUCCCUUGGAGACACAGCAGCAAGCACCCGGACGACCACCGUCACAACGUUCUGAGCAGACGUCUCGAACUCUCCGUCCACACCAUUUUCUGCCACCGCUGCCAACUCCUCCCCCUUCUAUUGGGCUUCCACCAACACCCGUCUCCAUGAAUGUGUCUUCAGGAAUGCUAAGCCCUAUUAGUAUAUCAGACAGGAAGUCACAGUACUCUACGAUUUCCCGUGCCUCGUCCAACCAAUCCAGCGUUACUCAUUCCAAUAACAGUGUCUUCUCCGGUACUUCAGGUUACGAGACUACCCUCUCAGAAGAUGCUUACGAUGAGCCGCGCUCUGCCAGGGCUCCGUCCCAAUCUCAACCGGUGUCACACACCCCAUAUUUUGAACCGGUCGAGCGCGGUUCGCGGACCGGCAGCAGACAGAGUAACGAACGUGAUCAAAGCGUCAAGGUCUCUCAAACGCCCUUUACCCGUGCGUUAGCCAAGAUGGAGAGUGCUGGUACUCGCAUCAUGUCUGCACGCUUGAGUGAGGAAUGGGAUGGUUUGGACGACGACGAAAGUUACCAAGAGAUCAUGUUCGAGAAGCGGUUGUGGGCACUGACCGCCUAUCAACGCCUAACACAGAAUAAACCUCUACAGUCACCCGCUCAUGAAUUACUCAGCAAUAGUCGGCCAGCAGAUCAGAGGAGAGUUCUUCAAAUACAUGGGUCCUUAGCGGACGGAUGGAUGCUCGCAAACCGGUACCCUUCGGUAACAGUAUAUACACUAUCCUCCACGAAAAGCCACCCCGCUACGACGUAUCCUGCUCCUUUAAACCACCAUUCAUUAUAUACCCCUUCCCUUGCGUCUUCAGCGCCCUUCCCUGAUAACUAUUUCGAUGCCGUUAUCUCGCGCACAGCCGCGACCGUUCUUCGAAACGAUGAUUGGGCGCGAUCAUUCUUUGACUGUAUGCGUGUGCUCAAGCCAGGAGGACAACUUGAGAUGCUUUCAGUAGAUGCGCACAUGAGCUGCGAGGGACCCAAGCUAUCUUCAUGGGUUGACGAACAUAUAUCUUGCAAAUUAGAGGCUCAUGGUGUGAGCAAGGAAGCGUCGGACACCGUUCUCGACACGAUGGAGAUAGUGGGGCUCGAGAACAUUCGUCGCGCUCGUAUCGCAUUGCCUGCACAUCCGCCCAAAGCAGUGGCAAAGGUAGCACCAUCCGCAUCACAUACCUUUGGUGCUACGAUACCACCCUCUUCGCCACAGGACACCUUAGACGCUACCAAGAUGAUGGCUUUUCUCGGCCGCCACUUCUAUCAAGAUCUCUACAGCAGGUUCAUGAACAUGGAUCAGGGCGAAGAGUGGUUCUGGUCACACAAGGAUCUUCGGGAUGAGAUCGAUCGAUACAAGACAAAGAUCGUACUUACCAUUUCUAUUGCGCAAAAGCCUGACGGCAUAUAUCCUACAAUGACUGCUUCCCAAAUCAGUCACGGCCAGAUCGGCAAGAUCAUAGAGGAUAUGGAAGAACUCCUACCUUCCGUAUCCAUCGAUAGGGCAGAUUAUCGAGCCUGUCGCACAACCUAUGGCUGUCUGUCCAGCACCUACAAGCGUUCCAAUGACUCUGACACUCCAGAAAAGGAAUACAAGGAGUUACAAGCGCUUGAAAAGACUCUGCGUCACCGUCUCUCCAGUCUCGAUGCUGACAGAGGUCUUCCGCGCAAAUUCAAGGGUCCACUCGACGAUCUCAAAUCAGGUGUCGACGGUGCACUCGAGCGCGGCGUAUCCACCGACUUUCUGAUUCAAGGUCUGAAAGACGCGUUGGAAGAUAAGCCAGGCGCUACACCUGCCCCGAAGCCCGUGCCCCCGAAGAUGGUAUCAGAGAAGCGGUUCAAAACAGUGUUGGACGAACUUCGCAACGAGAAAGAGAAGAACCGGAAGCUCAAUGAAGAAAACAAUCGCAUGGCUUUAGAACUCAAACGGUACCAGAUGCGCGAGAGGUCGGACGAUCUGGCGCAGGCUACUAUUAAGACUACAAAGAUACCGACUGUUCUACCUAUUUUGACGUCAACCGCAUCGUUCACGCCAUCUGUUCUGCCGUCCAUCAGAAGCGAACCCGGGUCGAAAGAGGUUAUCAACCAGAAGACAAAGAACAGGGAAGGAAGUCGAUUUUUGGAUCCCAAAGGUACUGAUCCUUUUAUCGCCGGAUGA